GUUCAUUGUCGUCGUAUUUUAGACGUCAAAAUAAAAAACCGUUUUAAAAGAAAUUUUUUUUGAUAAUUUUUCUUCUUUUCUUCGUACCAAUUUCAUCUUCAUCACACUCCUCUAACUGUCUUCCAUAACCUUUCACCACACUCCUCCAACUAUCUUUACAUAACCCUUCACCACACUCGCCUCCCAACUACCCACCAUAAUGACUAGAGCUGACUUUACUGAAUCUCAAAUUGUGAACAUCAAGAUGCAGUUCAAGAGCAUGGACAAGGAUGGUGAUGGCUCCAUUACUGAGGGUGAAUUCUUGGAUGCCCUCAAGAGCUCUAACCGCAACCCUGACGAAUACGAUCUUCAGGCAUUUUUCAAUCGUGCAGACAAAAAUCGAGAUGGUCGCAUCACUUUCAACGAGUUCUUGGACGCCUGCCAUGAAUUGGGUCUAGGUCGCGAUUGCGACCCCACAGGCCAACCAACUAAGAAGUCUCAAAAAGAGAUCGAUGCCAUCUUCAAAGCGUUUGAUUUAGAUGGCAACGGGUACAUCUCUCCUCAAGAGCUCAAGCAGGUCAUGGCCAAACAAGGUGAUUAUCUGUCCAAGGAAGAGAUCAAGGAGAUGAUUGACGCUGCGGACACUAACAGGGACGGCCAAAUCGACCGUGAAGAAUUUGCAAGGAUGGUGUAGAUAUUACGCAGCUCCUUCUUAACGGAAUACCACCGCAGCUAAUACGAAUUGCAAAUUUAGUCCUUUCAAUUUCUUGAAUAAUCAGUUUUGUACAACAUUUUCAAAAAGAAAAAAUUAUACCAGCAACUUGUGCACAACUCGAUCUAUACUCCAAUGCUCUUGCUCGAUGUUCCUUUAAUUGUUAUUUUGCAUUUACGGCAUUUAAUAUCUUUAUCAAAACACUCUCAUCGCUAUCUUGCCAGUCUUCAUUAUGUCCUUGUUGUGGAUUGUGGUCAGAAAAAGACUAUUAUUUUCGGGUAUACAGACAUUCAUGAGAGUAAAAAUAAAUAAAUAACAAAAGGGUUAUAUAAUAUCAAU